CAGAGGUUAUUUUAAGGGUCUUGUCUGUCACAGCUGUUGUCUCAGGCAUCAAAGUGCUUCUGGAAUUUCUUCACCUUUUUCUCUCCGCUGGUAGUGUGGACAAACUGCUCCAUUAUCCUCUCUUCCUCUCUGAACAGAAAAGCUACAGAUUUUAUAAUGGAGAACAGUUCUCAGCCAUCUGCUGACAUCAGCAACCAGGUCAGUGGUCUUGAGGAGAAACCUGAGGACCCAAUGGAAGUCUUCAGCAGGCAGCUAGAGGACAUCAUCAACACAUAUGGUUCUGCAUGUAGCUUGAUGGAAGAGAAGAUUUCCAACUUGGAGAAAGAUGAAGAGAACCUGGAUGAAGAGACCAUGGCCAAGGGGGUGAGCAGCAGCCCAGAGACAGAACAGACAGCCAGUGUGCUCCUUGAAGGACUUGGUACAGAAGCUUCACUCCUGCUGCAAAGCCUAAAAGAUCUCAUCUCACCGGAGGAGAAGCUGGAGACAGUGUUGAGGAAAUAUGCAGAGCUGGUGAAGGAGCAGAGGGGCGAGCAGGUCGAGCUGCUUAAGAAGAGACAAGGCCUCCUGGUUAAACAGAGGGACCAGCUCCAGUUAGAGCACAGCCAGGGUCUCCUGGCACGAAGCAAGCUGGAGAUCCUCUGUCGUGAGCUGCAGAAGCACAAUAUGACCCUGAAGGAAGACAUGCUGCAGAAGUGCCAGGAGGAUGAGAGGAAGCGAGCGGAGAUCACCAGUCAUUUCCAGAACACAGUAGUGGACAUCCAGGCCCAAAUUGAGCAUCACAGCAACCGCAACAACAAGCUGUGCCAAGAGAACAGUGAGCUGACAAACAAGCUCACCUCCAUCAUCCAGCAGUAUGAGAAGAGAGAGGAGAGCUUAGAGAAGAUAUUCCAACAGAAGAAUCUUCAGCAGCAGCUGUCAGAUGCCAAACUGGAAGAAGCUAACAUGCGUCUUAAAGAAGCUGAGGAGAAGCAUACGAGGGAAAAGGAAUACUUACUGUCUCACGCUGCGGAGUGGAAGCUACAGGUUAAAGAGCUGAAAGAGCAGAACACAGUGAUGCAGGCUCAGCUCGUGUUGUACUCUCACAAGUUUGAUGAGUUUCAGGCUACACUGGCCAAAAGCAAUGACGUUUAUACUGCUUUCAAACAAGAGAUGGAAAAGAUGACCAAGAAGAUGAAGAAGCUGGAGAGGGAGUCAAAUGUGUGGAAAAUACGCUUUGAAAGUUGUAACAAAGCUCUUACUGACAUGAUUGAGGAGAGAUCUGAGAAGGGCAAAGAACUUGAGCUCUUUACUGUGAAGAUCGAUAAGUUGGAGACUUUGUGCCGAGCACUACAGGAGGAGAGGAAAAUCUUGUACGACAAGAUAAAGGAGAUCCGCAUACAAGCUAUUUCAGCCUCAGCAACUGUGAUGGAACUUGGUGAGGAAGAGAUUCCAGAACUCGACCAGCUGCCAGUCUCAGAGCCGGUGCGCAACCCAGCGCUUACAGCAGAGAUGGAGAAGUUGUGGAAGGAACAAGAACGUCUGCAGGAGUUUGCAGCCUCAUUGAUGGCCUCAACUGCAGAUGAAAUGGAGGGCUCUGACAGUGAGGAGGAAUCAUCUGAGUCUAAACAACUAGUUCCUCUUGUUCCUGUGCCAAGUAAACCAACAACAGUUAAGUUAGAUUCCUUAACAGAGGAACACGGUCUGGAAGAAGGUAUUGAAGAAGUACAUAAAUCAGAUACUACACUGACUCCUAAGGGAGUGAAAAGUGAGGCAAUCCAAUUAGAGGCCAAGCAUGAGUCCAAUCAACAGGAGAAAGAAGCACCUAAAGCAGAACCACCCAAAGCAGAACCACCUAAAGCAGAACCACCCAAAGCAGAACCACCCAAAGCAGAACCACCUAAAGCAGAACCACCCAAAGUAGAACCACCCAAAGAAGAACCACCAAAAGCAGAACCACCAAAAGCAGAACCCCCCAAAGAAGAACCACCCAAAGCAGAACCCCCCAAAGAAGAACCACCCAAAGCAGAACCACCCAAAGAAGAACCGCCCAAAGCAGAACCACCUAAAGCAGAACCGCCCAAAGUAGAACCGCCCAAAGAAGAACCACCAAAAGCAGAACCACCAAAAGCAGAACCCGCCAAAGUAGCACCACCCAAAGAAGAACCACCCAAAGAAGAACCACCCAAAGCAGAACCACCCAAAGUAGCACCACCCAAAGAAGAACCACCCAAAGCAGAGCUGAACAAAGUACCAACUAAAAAUGUUGCAAAAGUACAGCCAAUCAAGCAAGAGACACCCAUGCAAAAAUCUAACAAGCCAAAUUCUGUAGGCCACAAACAAAUGAAACCCAAAGAAGUAAAAAGAUUAACAGUUCAAGCUGAAGCUCCUAAAGUACCUUCUAGCAAAACUGAACUUCAUAUGGAACAAGACCCCAAAGCUGAGUCUGCUAAAGAAACUUUAAAUGCAGAAGUGGAGCCUAUAAAAGUAGAAUCUCACAUUGCGGAAUCACCUGCACCCAAGGCAUCUACUACAACAGCAGCAGCAAAACCACUAAAUGGAAAAUCCCAGGAGGCCACUCCCAGUGCUAAUAAACCCCACCCCAAGAAACAGGGCUCCUCUAAGAAGAAAAGUGCAGCUAAAGGUGCUAAGAAAAGCUGAGCGAAGGAACGUAAUGGACUGUAUGAUUCCAGUCAUUUUCACUGAUUCCUCAUUUUCUCUGCUGUGGUGUGUAUUUGUGUGUGUGUGUGUGUGUGUGUGUGUGUGUGUGUGUGUGUGAGUGCAGUGCUGUGUGAGGCUUUGUAUCUAUAUACUUUUUUUCAAAAAAGUUUAUUAAAGAAUCUUGAUAAGUGUUA